AGUCCCAUUUUGUCACAGAGUCAGAGACAACCCAGGCUCAUUUUUAUUUAAUAAGGCCAGUGCCUUCAGAUUUGGAAAUCUUAAGACCCGCCUGCUGCCCCUGAACUGAGUAAAAGUUUUCUCAAAUCUUUCUCCGUUUCCUCAGCAGCCUUCCUGCCACUGCAGUGGGCGUUCUUUCUGUCGCAGUGCACCAGCUCCCAGCUAACCACCAGGAGGGCAGAGGGAGCACAGGAACAAACAGGUUGUUUAGCCGGAAACUGCAACAAGAUGUCUGGCCAGAAACUGUCCUCAAGAUGAACCCUGGGAGGAGGGAUAGACCCAUGGGCCCUACAAACAGAAGCACGUGGGAAGUACUCACCAAACACCAUGUCGAGACAACAAAAGAGUCUGUUGUGCAUUGCUCCACUGCUAAGCACGGUAGAGGAGACAAUGGACACCAUCUCCGCUCAAGUCCGAGGACACAUUCCUGAGUGGCUCAAUGGCAGUCUUCUUCGGGUUGGACCUGGGAAGUUCGAGUUUGGAAAGGAUAAAUACAAUCAUUGGUUUGAUGGAAUGGCUUUGCUUCACCAGUUCAGAAUGGAGAAGGGCACAGUGGCAUACAGGAGCAAGUUUCUACAGAGUGAUGCCUACAAGGCCAACAGUGCUGGAGACAGAAUCGUCAUCUCAGAAUUUGGCACACUGGCUCUUCCUGACCCAUGCAAGAAUAUCUUUGAGCGUUUCAUGUCCAGGUUUGAGCCACCUGUCAUGACUGACAACACCAAUGUCAACUUCGUACAGUACAAGGGUGAUUACUACUUGAGCACCGAGACCAAUUUUAUGAAUAAAGUGGACACUGAAACUCUGGAAAGGACAGAAAAGGUGGACUGGAGCAAAUUCAUUGCUGUGAAUGGAGCGACUGCACACCCUCAUUAUGACCCAGAUGGAACAGCAUACAAUAUGGGGAACACCUAUGGGCCAAGAGGUUCUUGCUAUAAUAUUAUUCGGGUUCCGCCGGGGAAGACAAAGCCCGGGGAGACGAUUCAUGGAGCACAAGUGCUGUGUUCUAUUGCUUCCGCAGAGACCAUGAAGCCUUCCUACUACCACAGCUUUGGAAUGACAGAAAACUUCAUCAUCUUCAUUGAACAGCCUCUAAAGAUGAAGCUGUGGAAAAUGGUCUCUUCUAAAAUCCGGGGGAAGGCCUUUGCUGAUGGGAUAAGCUGGGAGCCCCAGUAUAACACACGGUUUCAUGUGGUGGAUAAACACACUGGACAGACUCUCCCAGGAGUGUAUUAUAGCAAACCUUUUGUUACCUUUCAUCAAAUCAAUGCCUUUGAGGACCAUGGCUGUAUCGUGAUUGAUCUGUGCUGUCAGGAUGACGGGAGAAGCCUGGAAGUUUACCAACUACAGAAUCUCAGGAAAGCAGGGGAAGGGCUCAAUCAGGUCUAUAAUUCAAUGGCAAAAUCUUUCCCUAGAAGAUUUGUUUUGCCCUUAGAUGUUACUGUGGAUGCCCCUGUGGGAAGGAACCUCAGCCCACUGUCCUAUUCUUCAGCCAGUGCCGUGAAACAGGGCAAUGGAGAGAUCUGGUGCUCUCCUGAGAAUCUACACCAUGAGGACCUCGUAGAGGAAGGAGGGAUUGAAUUUCCUCAGAUCAACUAUGGCCGAUUUAAUGGCAAAAAGUAUAAUUUCUUCUAUGGCUGUGGUUUUCGGCAUUUGGUGGGGGAUUCCCUGAUUAAGGUUGACGUGGUGAACAAGACACUAACGGUUUGGAGAGAAGAUGGCUUUUAUCCCUCAGAGCCCAUUUUUGUUCCGGCACCAGGAGCUGAUGAGGAGGAUGCUGGGGUUGUUCUUUCUGUGGUGAUCACUCCCAAACAGAGUGAAAGUAACUUUCUCCUUGUUUUGGACGCCAAGAACAUGGAAGAACUGGGGCGAGCGGAGGUAUCUGUGCAGAUGCCUUACGGGUUCCACGGCACGUUUGUACCUGUCUGAUGGCACAACUACAGGGUCUGAGAAUCAAGUGCAGAGAGAAAACAAUGGGUCUCACCCAAAACUAAAACCCCUGUGGGCUCGUAUUUUGAAUGCUGUUCCCAACUUGUGACACUAUUUUGGGAGGCUGAGGAAACUUUUGGGGGUGAGGCCUCACAGGCACAAGGGACCAGCCUUUGAAGUUUCUGGUUCUCUCAUGCCCUCUCUCUCUGCUUUCUGGUCCACUGCAAUGUGAACAGCCUUCACCUGUGCUCCCCAUCUUGCCACUGAUGGGGUGAUCCACCAUGCCUUCCCACUAUGGCCCGCUGACCCCUGAAACUGUGGACCGAAGGAAAUCUUUUCCCUUUAGUUGUUCUGUUGUUUGUUUUGCAGCAGUGGUAAAAUAGCUAAUGCAAACCCUGGGUGUACUUUGUUUUACAUUUCUAUUAAAAACAGUUUAUGAGGUAA